GGAAAAGGACACCAGAAUAUCAAUCGGAUCAGACAAAAGACAGGAGCUAUGAUUACCAUUUGUCCAUCAGGCAAUGGUGAAGAUGCCAUGGUUGUCAUAUCUGCUUCUGAGAUAUGUGAGCUUCAUUCUCCAGUUGAGUAUGCAGCACAGUUACUUUUUCCUUUCACUACUGAUGAAUCUGGAGGCUCAUACAGAAUAAGAGUUCUUGUGGAGAAGAAUACUAAAUCUGAGUGCUUAGAUGAACAUUGGAUCUGUCAGGUGAAGCAGAUCUCUGAAGCUGUGAUCAUAAUUUCUUCAAAUGGGGACAAUCAAAUUGUCGAGAUAAUUGGAUUAAGGGAUGUGGUCAAGAAGGCAUUCGAUAGAGUUCUUUUGCGUUUAAGAAGACAUUGUUUCAAACUAUUAAGUGACGAAGCAGCUUCUCGUUUUUCAGCUAAGCGCCCACCUGAGAAAGUCAGCCGAGAUACACUAUAAUUUCGAGGGGAUGUGUGACUGUGAGCCAUUUUUCUGAGGAUGCAAAAGAAGACAUGCGGUUUUGUCUUUCUUUCUUUGUUUUCUGCUUUUUGAGAUGAGUCUUUAGUUUGGGCUCAAAUAUAUUCUUCUGUAAUGUCUCUGUCUGAUUUCCAACUCCAUCACUCUAAUAUGUGUUCUGUGGGAAUACAAACACAACAAUUUCAUGUUUGAAUCAUUUUUGCUGACCUUCAGAUUUCAAUAUAUGACCUUAUGUGUU